GGGCUGUGAGGGCACGAGGGGACGGCGCCCUGGGGUCCCGGUGUGGGGCGGUUCUACCUCGCCUCUCUGCUGAAGUGUGCGGUCUCUCUUCUCGCCCCCUGUUUUCAAAGUAGUUACAGUUGAGAAAAAUUAAAAAUUGAGGAAAAAUUCAGAGUGAACACAACGGUGGUCGAGUUACGGGGCAGGAAGACAGCAGGUGAGCGCCUUGAGGUGCAAGGGUCGAAGAGAGCUCAGGGAGUUUUGGACCAGAAUCCGCUGGUGCUCCUGUUCUUGCAGCGUUGAGAUAAGGAGGGUUGUGAUGCCGUGGAGACACCAUGUUCCCAGCCCUCCCUGGUGACUGAAUCCCCUUUCAGCUCUGGUCCUGCGCAUAGUUAAAUCACUCCAACUCCGCCUUCCCGGUCUGUGGAAGAGCGGGAGGAAGGGAAUUGUUGCAAGCCUGUUGCUAUGGCCACGUAGGAGCGGGCUGAGCUGUUUGUGUGGCUGGAAUCCUGCUGCAUCAGCUGCUGCACGUAUUUAACUGGAUUUGGAGGAUGAAGUCCAGCCUAAUGCAUUUUGUUCCCCCAGUGAGUAGGGACAGAAUAAUCUCCCAGUUUCCCAAGUGGUACACACCUGAGGCCUGUCUGCAGCUUAAGGAGCACUUCCACACACAGGUCAGCACUGCCUGGCAGCAGAGCACUGCAACAGCAGGGCUGAAAAUAUCCAAAGUGGUUGUGGUAGGAGACCUGUAUGUUGGGAAAACCAGUCUUAUCAACAGAUUUUGUAAAGAUAAUUUUGACCGAGACUACAAGGCAACCAUUGGAGUGGAUUUUGAAAUGGAACGUUUUGAGAUAAUUGGAAUCCCAUAUCAUCUCCAGAUAUGGGACACAGCAGGUCAGGAAAAGUUCAAGUGCAUUGCAUCUGCUUACUACCGAGGAGCAGAGGUUAUAAUAACAGUGUUUGAUCUGGCUGAUAUCCAAACUUUGGAUCACACCAAACAGUGGCUAGAAGAUGCAUUGAGGGAGAAUGAACCAGAUUCCAGCUUCAUCUUUCUAGUUGGAACAAAAAAAGAUUUGGUGUCAGAUGCUGUGUGUGAGAGGACAGAGCUGGAUGCCAUCUGCUUGGCCAAUGAGAUGCGGGCAGAAUAUUGGUCUGUCUCAGCCAAAACAGGGGAAAAUGUCAAAGAAUUCUUUUCCCGAGUUGCUGCCUUGGCCUUUGAACAGUCCAUAAUAAAGGAGCUGGAGAACACUCCUGGGCACAUGGCCCAAAUUGGGGCAGGAAAUCUCAUCAACCUGGAGAACAUUUUGGAAAUCCCAGAAGGCAACGCUCAAGUCAGCCCGAGUUGCUGCUAAUUGUCAACUGUUCCUUCAGGCCCCGUGCUUCUCUGCAGCACAGCACAGAGCACCUGCAGCAGUGCAAGCUCUCAGGCCAGAAACAGAGAGCUUUAAUUUGGGAAACAAGGGAGGAAAAACUUAGCCCAACUUCCCUUCUGAGAGUUCCCUUGCUGCUGCAGGCUCCUCGUGCAGGGUGGUACAAUUGUUACAUAAACCUUCCUCUGUGUAGUUGAAACACAACAUCCUUAAUGCAAGGAGACAUUGCCAGUGCCAUGUGCUCACCUGUCUGCCAGAAGUGCUUGUAGUCAAAAAUGA